AUGGAUACGAGCAAGUUCAAACCCGAACCGCAUAUAGCACAACAAAGCCGAAUUGAUAAGUUGAGGGUUCACCAUUUUGAGUAUUUCCCCAACAGUUUGGAGCAAGGUUCCUCGGUCCAUUCGGGGCCGAACCCAGAUCUUAUUCAAGUUCGUAACGAUAGAAACGCUAAUUGGCUUUACGACCCAAGUGUUGUUUCUUCAGGUAUCAUCCAUGCUCGUCCAUGUUCUAAAGUCUCUGGUGACCUACGAAGUUGUGGCGAUUUGAUGGUGGGUUAUGCAAGUGGAUUAGCCGGUAGAGAAAACGAUCAAAACCCUAUGUUUGGUGGGGAAGUGUUGCCAAAUAGUGCAAGGGAAAGCAACAUAUGUGCAGCUAUGCAGUAUCCCGUGACUGAAAUUUGCAGCCAUGAUAGCAAAAGGCAUUGUGGGGAAUUGCAGUUCGUUUCAUCUUCACUUUAUGACGUUGUUAAUACACCGUCUGUGGGUACUCAGGGACCACAAAUGGCUUCUAUAGCACAUCAAGCGAGUGCUUUGCAUUUUGAUAACGCUGACUUAUACUACCCAAGGGCUAUCUCUAACUCUUUCAUCGACCCCGAAUCAAAAAUUCGUGGUUCGGCUCAAUUCACAGAGGAUCAGUGUGGUUUUCAUGCCUUUAAUUCGUUUCCGAAGCCGUCUAUAAUCAGUAAAGGUAGUGGAAAUUUGACUUGCGUACAACCUCUCGGCCCAUUCACCGGAUAUGCAACUAUUCUUAAGAAUUCAAGGUUUCUUAAGCCAGCACAAGAACUGUUGGAUCAAUACUGCCAUAUGACCAAUUCAAAGCUCGGUAAAGUUUGUGUGACAUCGGAGGGUGUCUCCGAUGGCGUUGGGGAUUCAGCCUCGGUUGAUGCUGCCGAUGCAAUUGAUAUUGCUGAUGGAGCUAUUAAGGGAAAUAUAUCGCUGGCUUCUGUCUCCAGUCUUUGCAGCUCAAAUGAAAUUAGUACUGCUGAUGUUAGCAUUGGGAGCGGCUCUUGUAGGCCUGACUAUCAACAGAAGAAGGCAAAGCUUUUAUAUCUGCAGGAGGAGGUUUGCAGACGAUACAUGCUAUACUAUCAGCAGAUUCAAAUGGUGGUUUCUUCUUUCGAAUCCAUAGCUGUUCUUAGUGCUGCCUCUCCCUAUGUUUCCUUGGCUCUCAAGACCGUAGAAAUGAACUUUCGGUGCCUACGGAAAUCUAUCUCGGACUGUGUCAAGCACUUAUCGAGAGCCCUGGGGGAGGAUUUCUUGUCCCCAACUACCGGUGCUAGCAUUAGCAAAGGUGACAUGAAUAUAUCCGGGCUGAAGUACGGGCUUCAGAAAUCUGGUGGGGUUAACCUGGGCUUCCAUGAACCACAACAACAAGGCUUGAGGCCCCAAAGAUGCCUACCGGAAUGUGCGGUGGCAAUCCUUAGAGCUUGGCUCUUCGAGCAUUUUCUUCAUCCGUACCCCACAGACACGGAUAAGCACAUGCUGUCCACUCAAACUGGUCUUUCUCGAAACCAGGUUUCUAACUGGUUCAUAAAUGCACGAGUUCGUAUUUGGAAACCGAUGGUCGAAGAAAUACACAUGCUUGAGAGCAAAGGAUUGGCAGAAAGCAAUCAGAGCUCUAGCAAAACUGACGCAAAAUCUACAAGUACCAUUCGACCCAACGAAGACCUAUCCAUCAACAGCUCAUGUAUAAAUGCAACUUCGGGCAAGCAAUUGGCUUGCUCAGAUAUGGCUGCUGUUGGGAUCACGGGAGAUGCACAUGAUAUUGAACGCUGGUAUCACGAGAAACGUUCUAGUAUGGAUUUUCGAAUCCCAACAUGCAUGGAUGGUGCGAUGAUGAGUUUUGCACCGUGUGAGCAAAGUAGGCUCGAGAUGGGGGGGCAUGGAGCUGUGUCACUUACCUUGGGACUCAGGCAUGGCGUAGAAAAUGCACAAGUACUCCAACAGCAUCCGCAGCAAUAUCAACCGCAAGAGGAUCAGCUACGCCUGCAAUUUGGCGGCGGCCAAAUGAUUCAGGACUUUGUCGGUUGAGCUUAUGUCGGUCUUACUGAAGUUGAAAAUUAGUAGAGCGGUGGCAGCUUAGCCUAGCUAUUCCUUGCAAUAAGUUUUCAAAAUGUGGCAGAACUGCUAAUACGCGGUUGCAGGCCAGCUUGAACGUAUU